UUGAACAACAAGGGUGCUCUAAUGAAUCAAUGAUUAGUCAUUUCCUUUCAACAAAAAUAGCAGCACUUCACAGUAGAAAGACAAGGGAAAAACACAAGAAAGUGGAAGAAAAAUCCCAUCCCCCAAGAAAAUUUUAUUGUGGGCCCUUAGAACCAUGUAUAUAUUUAAGGAGGGGAUCACCCCCAUGCUAUACAAUUCACUCCAUUCAUAUUAUCUCCUAUCAGAUUCAAGUUUUAAGGAGGAGUUGCCAAAAUUUAAGAGAAACCCACAUUCUGUACCAGAAACUUUUAAUUCUCAGUCCUCUUCUCAAUUAUUUUCUCCAAAUGAAGCCUUCUUUAGUAGUACUCUUUCUUCUGCUUUUGUCCUUUCUUCUGCAUGAGGCUCAAGGGAUUCGCUUGGAAAAGGGAUUUAUGCAAGCUGGGCAUCAAAAAAUCCAUGAGGACAAGAGUUCUUUGAUAGAAAGAAGCAAUAGUGCUGCUUUUGGAGAGGUUAUUCUCUGCAAAGAAGCGCGUUGUACAGGAAUGAAUAGAAAACUUACUACUGUGACCACCUCUACUCCUCCUCCCAUCGCCGCCACCACCACCAAGAAUGAUGAAAACCUAGAAGAAAAAGCGAAUCAAUUGACGCCAAAGGGAAGAUCAAGUGAUGGAGAAAUAGGUCGGAAACGAGAGAAAUUCACCAUAAGCUCUUCGCCAACUUCUGAGCACCAAGAGGUGACCCACGAAGAUCAGUUUGUUUACAUUAUGGACUACUCUCCAGCAAAGAGAAAGCCUCCAAUACACAACUAAGUGUUAAUUAGCUAGGAGAUUAGCAGCUACAAAGAGAGAGAAGAAAAGUUUUAGGACAAUAAAAAAAUGGAUAAAAGUAGAACAGCAUUACAGAAAUGCUGCCGUUUUUUUAGGAUUAGGAUAUGGUUUGGACAUACUAAACUCCAUAAUUGUAGUAAAUUUUUUAACUAUUGUUUUGAUGAUUGUGUCAUGAGCACCAAUGCGAGAUCAUUAGGGUUUUGUAA